GCAGUCCGGCCGAGCGCAGUAGGCACCGCGCGCAGAGCACACGCUCGCGCUUCAGCUCUGCUUCUGGGCAGUUCAUGACGGUGUCCUCUGACCGCAGCCUCCGCCAGCAGCCGCCGCAGGACCGCUGCCUGCUACCUGACGCCGCCAGGGCCCGCGAGGGAAGGAAGAAAGGCAGGCAGGCGCUGGUGUGCUCCCCGCGGAGCCCGCGACUCCAGCCCGCUGCCCUGCCCGGCUGGCACCAUGCUGCCCGCGCGCUGUGCCCGUCUGCUCAUGCCCCACUUGCUGCUCGUGUUGGUGCAGCUGUCCCCGGCUCCCGGCCACCGCACCACCGGCCCCAGGUUCCUAAUAAGUGACCGUGACCCUCAGUGCAACCUCCACUGCUCCCGGACUCAACCCAAACCCAUCUGUGCCUCCGAUGGCAGGUCCUACGAGUCCAUGUGUGAGUACCAGCGAGCCAAGUGCCGAGACUCGACCCUGGGUGUGGUCCAUCGGGGUAGAUGCAAAGAUGCUGGCCAGAGCAAGUGUCGCCUGGAGCGGGCUCAAGCCCUAGAGCAAGCCAAGAAGCCCCAGGAGGCCGUGUUUGUGCCAGAGUGUGGUGAGGACGGCUCCUUUACCCAGGUGCAGUGCCAUACUUACACAGGGUACUGCUGGUGUGUCACCCCCGAUGGGAAACCAAUCAGUGGCUCUUCUGUGCAGAAUAAAACUCCUGUGUGUUCAGGUUCUGUCACUGACAAGCCUUCAAGCCAGGGUAACUCAGGAAGGAAAGUCUCUUUUCGAUUCUUUCUAACCCUCAAUUCAGAUGAUGGAUCUAAGCCGACACCCACAAUGGAAACUCAGCCGGUCUUCGAUGGAGAUGAAAUCACAGCCCCAACUCUCUGGAUUAAGCACUUGGUAAUCAAGGACUCUAAGCUGAACAACACCAAUGUAAGAAGUUCAGACAAAGUCCACUCGUGUGACCAGGAGAGGCAGAGCGCCCUGGAAGAGGCCCAACAGAAUCCCCGUGAGGGCAUUGUCAUCCCCGAGUGUGCCCCUGGGGGCCUCUAUAAACCAGUGCAGUGCCACCAAUCUACGGGCUAUUGCUGGUGUGUGCUGGUGGACACGGGGCGCCCGCUGCCCGGGACCUCCACACGCUAUGUGAUGCCCAGCUGUGAGAGCGACGCCAGGGCCAAGAGUGCGGAGGUGGAGGACCCCUUCAAGGACAGAGAGCUGCCAGGCUGCCCAGAAGGAAAGAAAAUGGAAUUUAUCACCAGCUUACUGGAUGCUCUCACCACUGACAUGGUUGAGGCCAUUAAUUCAGCAGCGCCCACUGGAGGUGGGAGGUUCACUGAGCCAGACCCCAGCCACACCCUGGAGGAGCGCGUGGUGCACUGGUACUUCAGCCAGCUGGACAGCAACAGCAGCAAUGACAUUAAUAAGAGGGAGAUGAAGCCCUUCAAGCGCUACGUGAAGAAGAAAGCCAAGCCCAAGAAAUGCGCACGGCGUUUCACUGACUACUGUGACCUAAACAAGGACAAGGUCAUCUCUCUGCCUGAGCUGAAGGGCUGUCUGGGUGUUAGCAAGGAAGGUGGACCAGGACCACGAACACUCAUAGGACAGGAAGCAUGGCCACAAGCUUCUGACUCUUUCCCAAGUCCAGUCUUCACUCCAGGGGCCGGAGAGGUGGUAGCCUUGGCAGCGUCCCUCAGGGAAAACGAGCAGGCACAAACACAUUCAGACGCCUUGUCUGAGGAGCAGAAGACCAAUGGCAGGUGGAGAGUCCAGGGAGACAGCAUGGGUCAUCAGAAACCUAACCUUGGACGUUGCUCAUGGCCCAGCUGCAUCCCAUGUAACAUAAGUGGUGCCCACCAUGUUCGCACUUUUAAUAACUCUCGUUUGCGUGUUUUAUUUUUGGCUUCAUUUUUAAACACCAUUAUCUAAUGCCGCAGUGGGAAAAAGGAAAGGAAGAAAGACUGUGUAGUCUCUUAUUUUACGUUUUUUGGAUCUGCUACUGACAACUUUAGUUUAUUGGGGUGGGGGAGCAUGGUUGGGAUUGAGAAGAAAGAGAUUUAUAUGCUGUAUAUAAAUAUAUAUGUAAAUUGUAUAGUUCUUUUGUACAGGCAUUGGCAAUUGCUGUUUGAUUAUUCCCAUCCCUCUCCCUGCUAUGGGUGGUAGGGGCUCUGGACACAUGUUCCAGCUUUCUAAAACCCAAGACUCUAUCCCCAGCCCACCUGUAUUCUUCUUAGAGACUGACAUUCGUGUUCAUGCGGAUGUGGGCCCUGCAGUUAUACUGCAGAUUCCAUUGGUUCUUUCCAGGUGGAGGGAGAGUACCACCCCAGGCCAUUAGCUGUCAAAGCUGGCAGGUCACGUGGUAUUUGGCCUUCUCCAAGGGAGGCUGGCCUGGGGAGAAGUAGGACUUGCCGCCAGAAGGGAAGGCAUUCCAGAUCCUAAGAGUAGCUAGCACGGGUACGAGUACUCCCACACCCUGUGCAUUCCUGCUUUCCAGACCCCCAGGUAGCCUGGAAUCAGUGGGCACACAGUAUCUUAGUGACCCACUGAGCAAAUUAUCCUCAAACAAUUUAUAGUAGAUCAAUUUAAAGAUUUUCAUCCAUAUUUACCAUCUACUCUGUAUAAAGCAUCCUGGUAGGCAUUAGAGGGAAGGCAAAGACGAAAAGGACACACAGAAGGGCCUUUAAUUUAGUAGAUGUUUAAUAAUUAGGCAGCAGGGGAAGAGGACAGAAAGCUUACAUUGGUGUGUGCAGUGUCAACAGGACAGCAGAUGAGCUGAGGAAACUUCUCACUUCCCUGCAAGUCUACAAAUGAGACUUCACAACUGGGGCCAGACUGGGUUUUACCUCUUACUCUUCGGUAUCCCCCACUGCCACCCUCAGUAGUCAUUACAAGCCUGAGGGAACCGUUGGGUCAGCCAGCUGUUGGUAACUCAACAGUUAUUUUUUUUAAAACCCAAUACUGAGGUUCUUGCUGCUCCUCGAAUUUCCUCAUGGGUGCCCAAGCUAUAGGCCAACUCCAGAAGUAAAACUGAUCUUGAGCCUCCCUACUUUUGCCACCCCUAGAAGUACAAGGAUAAUAACCCAGCUAUGGGGAAAUCCGGAGCCCUGGUGGCACAGUGGUUAAGAACUCAGCUGCUAACCAAAAGAUUGGCAGUUCAAAUCUACCAGCCCUUCCUUGGAAGCCUGUGGGGCAGUUCUAUUCUGUCCUAUAGGGUUGCUAUGAGUCGGAAUCGACUGAACGGCUUUGUUUUUUGUUUUUAAUGGGGAAAUCCAGGCCUAGCUUUGCACAGAUGUUUUAUGAGGCACCAGGGUAGGAUGCCCAGCCUUUUGGUUAGCUGUACAUCUUCCUCUACCCAGGUGAUGGGUGCCCCUUUAGACAGCGUUCAGACUGAGGGCAAUAAGUGAUACUAGUGUCUCUUCCUAUGAGCAGCCAUGGGUGGCGAGGGAGGUCUGGUAGCCCAGGAACGGUGCCCUCACAGGAUUGCUCUCAGAACCUGGCCUCAUCUUGUAUUCCAUUUCAGCGUUCCCAUAAGGGCAUCCACCUUGGGUGACUGUUUAUCAUGUUGGGGAUCUGGAAAGGCUUUGGCACUGCAAGCACCGGCCCAGUCAAUGUCCCAGUGGACCUGAUGGGACCUCAGGUUAGAGAAGGUUCUGGCUGUCCUGGUGAAAGCCCUAGAGGUUUCUCAGGGGUGACUGGUGGCCCCAUCUGACAUGAUAAGGUGAAAAGGGCACCCUCGCCUGUUAGCUGGACCAGAAAACUUAGCAUGCUGACCUGAAUGGGCCUUGCAGGAAACCUGGCCUGGUCUUCUGGCCCGGAGGCUCCUCCUUGCAGAAUUUCAGAACUUCCCCAGGCAUUUUCUCUCUCACACAUGUGUGUGUACGUUGUUUUGUGGUUUUCCUUUGUGAGGGAGGGAGGAAAAACCAUUUGUAGCUUGUUUUAUAAAAAAUAAAGGUGGGUAAACCUGG